AUGAGAAAACUGAACAUGUUCACGAAGCAGUACAGCAGGGCUGUUCUGACGGAAACAGGUGUGAUGAUCAAAGACCAGCAGUCGCGUCCUAUUGACAGCUACGAAAGUACACCGUUUGAAGAUGCAGAUGACACUACUAGUAGUAGCGUCUUCGAAACAGCGUCGCUGAUCAGCUGUGUAACGUGUCUAAGCGAAAAUGACAGCGAUGAGGGCAGAAAUGCACCACUGCUACCUGCGAACACCAUUAUUCCCUACGGAAAAAUUCUGUACACGCAAGAAAUCGAGCCCUCUCCUCAAGCCCCCUUCGAGGAUAACGAAGUAGAAGAUCCUUUUGAAUCGGAACCGAGCUCUUCGUCCAAGAUAAUAGAGGUGACUUUUGCAAAGCCCAGACGUCAUGACCUGGUUCCCAAGAAGCUGGUUUUGUCCAUAAGUGACAUCCCAUCUUGCAAUGACCUCUCCGCCGAAAUUAUGCGCAGAAGCUAUAAGAAAUCCAAGGUGGGCAAAUCUAUUUUAGUGAUUCUCAAUCCUCAUGGAGGUAAAGGACGUGCCAAUAAACUCUAUGUGUCGAAAAUCAAGCCUAUCUUAAUUGCCAGUAAUUGUUCGGUAGAAGUUAUGGAAACAAGUUACCACCGCCAUGCAAUGGACAUUGCUAGGAAUAUAGACAUUGAGAAAUAUGACAUAAUUGCUUGUGCAUCCGGCGAUGGUAUUCCCCAUGAAGUUUUAAACGGUCUGUUCCAGCGGCCCGAUCGUGUUCGCGCUUUCAAUAAGGUUGCAGUGACUCAGGUGCCGUGUGGUUCGGGUAAUGCCAUGAGUGUCUCCUGUCACGGAACGACUAAUCCAUCGCACGCAGCCUUGAGCAUUGUGAAAUCUACAGAAAUCAGGAUUGACUUGAUGUGCUGUUCGCAGCCUUCUUACAUCAACCAACCUAGACUUUCUUUCCUAAGUCAGACUUACGGUGUGAUUGCAGAAUCAGACAUUAAUACAGAAUUUAUGAGAUGGAUUGGACCUGCUAGAUUCGAGCUGGGCGUGGCCCUCAAUGUUUUACAGAGGAAGAAGUAUCCCUGCGAUAUCUACAUUAAAUAUGCCGCGAAGUCCAAGAAUGAAUUAAGAGAUCAUUACGUUUACCAUAAAAAUAAAAUAGUGAACAAAAGCAAUGAAACAAACUCUGAUGAUCCCGAUAACGACGAAGUCGAUGAAAAUGACUUUCAAGUCAAGUUUCCACUAUCAGAAGACGUGCCGUCCGAUUGGGAAAAGCUGGAUUCUGGCUUGGCUGAUAACUUAGGAAUUUUUUACACCGGCAAAAUGCCCUACAUUGCAGCAGAUACGAAGUUUUUCCCGGCCGCAUUGCCUAGCGAUGGAACUUUUGAUCUCGUGAUAACUGAUGCUAGAACACCUAUAACGAGGAUGGCUCCCAUUUUGCUUUCCUUGGACAAAGGCUCACACGUCUUGCAACCAGAGGUUUUACAUUCAAAGAUAGUUGCUUUUAAGCUCAUACCAAGAGUGAAGAACAGCGUUAUAUCCGUAGACGGUGAAAGCUUUCCUCUUGAACCGCUGCAAGUUGAAAUUAUGCCACGUCUUUGCAAAACUUUAUCAUACAACGGCUCUUAUGUUGAAACAGAGUUUGAGUCCAUGUAA